UUUAAGAUUUGUACUAAAAAAAUUUUUCCGUAUAUUACUCCACUUUUUUGGCAAUAAAUGUAAAGCUUAAGUGAAAAAAUUUCAAAUGGCUUCUGCAGACGAGGACCCUAUGUCUCCAAAAUUCUUUCCAACAGGAAUGACACGAAAGGAUAAAGCAGUUUUGUUAGAAGUGUUACGUUCAGGACUUGAAGAAGGACCUAUGCGAAAUCCUAACCAUCCUUACAAUCGCUUUAGGAUACCACCUGGUCGCGCAAUUUUUGCACCAAUGGAGGAAAGAUCAUUUUGGACAUGCUUAAAAGACUUUUUCCACAAUUUGGUUUGGUAUAUCUUAACUGCAGCAUCUGAAACGUUGAGGACAUGGCAAAAUGAUUAUUAUAGGGCACGUUCAAGAAAUUAUAACGGCUAUUAUAAAAGCAUACAAACAUAAAAAUUUGAAGUUUUUAUAAAUAUAACAAAAAAAUAUUGGAGUCCUGAUAGAAGCUUGUGAAAAAAAACUCUUAAUCAAAAAAUGCUUAUAUGACAUGAAAAUUAAGUUCUAUAUGCAAGACGUUAAGAUAGUAUCUUGACUUUCGAUAAUGCAUCUAAUAAAAUUUGGAAAUAAUC